AAACAGAGGGCCAUUUUGGAGGAUCUUGACGCAUAGGGAGGAGCUGCCGGUGAGUCGUGACCGCCUGGUAGCCCAAGAUAUCAUGUGAAAAUGGUGCCGCGUGAGUGGCGUUAGCCAUGCAUGAUAAGCAUCGGGUUAAAGAACUGAUCGUCCAAAGCUUCGAAGUCACUCGUGACUCCAACCUCACCAUUACCGAGCAGCUCGUUGCCAACUAUGAUUUGCUGCCUUGGCGUGCAUACAACUACAUUGCCUUCUGGACGGCGGACACGUUCAACAUAAACAUGUGGAUGAUCGUAUCGUCCAUGAUCCAACUAGGGAUGUCGUGGUGGCAAGCCUGGAUAUGCACCUGGCUUGGUUAUGGCGUUAUCGCACCUUUCCUUGUCCUGAAUGCACGUCCUGGUGCUAUCUUCCAUGUGAUGUUUCCAAUCGUGAAUCGCACGAGCUUCGGGAUGUUUGGGAGUCUGUGGUGUGUCUUUAAUCGCGCCGCUAUGGCAUGCAUAUGGUAUGGCGUCCAGGCGAGCAUCGGAGGUUCCUGUGUGCUCGUAAUGCUCAGAGCAAUGUGGCCUAGCAUAUAUGACCUGCAUUUCCUAUGCUUCUUCCUCUUCUGGCUCAUUUCGCUGCCGAUCAUUUGGUUCCCUGUGCACAAGGACACCUCAAUCACAUUUCUCAUAUGGUGCAUUGUGAAAGCUCAUGGAAUCGGUCCGGUCAUGCAUCAACCUUCUACACUGCACGGAUCAGAGCUGGGCUGGGCUAUGGUGGUCAGUUCGAUGUCAUGCAUCAGUAACAAGGUAACCCUGGUCACCAACGCACCGGAUUUUGCCUCCCGCGCUCGCACCUCAUCCGCCGCGCUAUACCCACAAUUGUUUGCGAUUCCUCUAAGUGCGGCGUUUGUAAGUUUGAUCGGAAUCCUUGUGAGCUCGUCGUCGCAGGCAAUUUACGGGACAGCCAUUUGGUCACCCAUCGAUCUGUUGGGAAAUUUCUUGAACGACAAUCCGUCGAAAGCGACGAGAUUCGGGGUAUGGUUUAUCUCAGCAUCAUUCAUGCUUGCACAGGUGACCACGAACAUCUGCGCAAAUUCAGUGUCGGCAGGAUGCGAUUUGACCGCACUGUUCCCUCGUUUUAUUAACAUCCGACGUGGCGGGUAUAUCGCUGCUACCGUUGGUUUCGCCAUGUGUCCAUGGAACCUCCUGAAAAAUAGUAAUGAGUUCACUUCUUACCUCUCCGCAUAUUCAGUGUUCCUGAGCUCCAUUGCUGGGGUGAUGGUGACGGAAUACUACGUCGUCCGCAAGGGUCAUUAUAACGUGAAGGACCUCUAUAACACCGAAAGGGGCAGCUGGUACUGGUACACGUAUGGGAUCAACUUCCGGGCAUACACCGCAUAUAUUUCCGGGAUCCUUAUUAACGCUGUCGGUUUCGCUGGAGCCACAGGGCGCACGGUCCCUCUAGCAGCUACUCGGAUAUAUGAGUUGUCGUUCUUUACGGGCUUCGGAGUUUCUGCAAUUGUCUAUUGGGCUUUGAAUCGCGCCUUCCCGGUAAUCGGUGCCGCUGACACGUUCGAGGAAAUCGACGUAUCUGGAUAUGAACGUACGGCACGUAGUUUACGGGAUGUUGAGGAAGUGGACGACGAGACAAAGGACGGGGGAUCAGAUCAUUCUGCGAGCAAAAGAUAAGGUGCUUGCCAGACUCUGUACAAAUACCAUAAAUAGCAACAAGAUAACAUGAUGUCA